GCUAGGUUUUCUCUUACCAUUUCCUGGAAACAAAUUCCAAGUUCCAACAGUCAGUGCGGGCUCAUAGCAGAAGCAUACAUCAAAAGAGUGAGCGAAAGAGAGAGAUUGGGGAACCAAAAUGAGGUUCAAUUUCGACUUGUACGAUUCGGAUAUAGUGCAAACGCGUUCCGUCACGCCCAAAGAUGAAGUGCAAUGGGUUCCCCUCCACAACCACCCCGUCUUCACCUCCACCGUCGCCCAUGCGUCUAUCGCCUCGUUUCCUGGGAACCUGGUGGCAUGGGACGGUGCCUCCCGACUCUACUUCUGGGACUCCCACAAGAAUUGUCUCCAUCGCAUCUCUAUUCGCCUGGGCGAGCCCGAACCCACUUCUGUUCUUGCUGCUUCGCCCUCUAAGGUAUUGCAAGCAGAUAUGGAGCUCAACUUUGUAGUUCAUAAAAUCUCCAUCAAUAGGAAUGGAUCGGCACUACUGCUUGCCGGUUCAGAGCGUUUAUACAUCAUGUACCUCUAUGGGCAUAAUUCAUCUGAAGAGAAUACAAUAAUUUGCAGGACUGUUACUGUCGGUCCACAAACCUAUUCUGAUGGCAGCAAUGCCAUACGUAUGCUACAGGUUUCAUGGCACCCAUAUAGUGACACACACCUGGGAAUACUUUCUUCUGAUUCAGUUUUCAGAAUCUUUGAUUUGUCUUCAGAUCUUGUGCUACCAGAGCAAGAAUAUUAUUUGCAGCCUGUGGAACCAGGUCGAUCCAGGAGUGCCACAUCAAUCUGCCCCGUUGAUUUUUCUUUUGGAGGGGAUCACUUAUGGGAUAGGUUUAGCGUUUUUGUUUUAUACACCGAUGGUACAAUUUACAUCCUCUGCCCAGUUGUUCCAUUUGGAAGUUUCUACAAGUGGGAAUCUAUACUUGAGAUACACACAGAUGCUCAUACAUUUGGGCUGCAAUCGGCCAAUUCAACAGCUGUUAGCAAUUCUAAUGUAGCAAUUUCUUGGCUGGAAGCAACAUUUCCUGAGUUUGCGGACUCAGAAUUGGAAGGGGGAGAUCUUUCUAUGCUAAGAGCUCAUCCUUAUGCUUUAUUUGAUGCAUCACUUUCCUUGCAGGGUCCACUGCGGAAAGUAGGUCAUGGUGGAGAUGAAGAUUCAGCAGUUCGGGGUGCAGAAUGCGAAGGCUGUGCUGUCAGUUUUCUUUAUAAUAUUGUAAGCAAGGACUCCAUUUUGGUAACUGCCUGGAGUGGUGGGCAACUGCAAAUUGAUGCACUAGCUGAUGAAAUUCAGCCGGUCUGGAGUGUUGGUAGCCCACCUCGUCUUCGUGUUGAUUCAAAUGACCAUAUUCUUGGUGUUGCUAUGAUAUGUGAAUCAUUCAAAGGGAAGCUUCCUGUAGUGAAGCUUGAUCAACCACUUGAUCACACUGUUUGGUUGGGCCAUCCACCCCCUCUGUUGAGACUGGCUCUAGUGGAUUUAGCUCUGCCAAGAGAAACAGAUAGUGGUUCUCUUAUCAUGCUGUUUGUUGAUCCCCUUAUGCCGGAAAGACUAUUUUGCCUUCAUGAUGGAGGAAUUGAUUCAAUAGUGUUACAUUUUCUCCCAUUUACAUGUCAGUCCACUGGCAAGGAUGAGACCAUGAGAACACCCUCUGUGCAUCCUGUUCUAAGUACAUGCCAGGGGGAAACCUCCAUGCAGUAUCCGCUGUGUGGUUUUGUAUCUUUAUCAGAUUCGUUUGGAUAUUCAUGGAUUGUUGGAGUCACACUUUCUCAAGAAUGUGUUGUGCUAGAGAUGAAAACUUGGAAUCUUUUGCUGCCUAUUCAUAUUGAUAUUGAGAAGAAAUCCAUUAGCUCAGAUGAACAGAAGGAGAGAGAUAUUCCGGAUAUUAUAAGCAAAGAACUACUCAUUGGACCUAAGGCUAUUCUUCUUCCACAGGCCUCACCAAAUCUUCGUUCUGUUGCUGCUGAUUCUAUCGAAGGUCGGCAAACCCUUCAUCAGUACUUCAAGCUUUUUCAUGAAAAUUAUGUGGAGUAUGCACAUAAGGUUCACUUUGAGAUCAAGCAUCAUGGGCCUCAGUUGAAGAGAAUAAUCGACGACCAACACAGACGUUUAGUUGAGGCACAGCAGAAGCUUCAGAAAGUUGCGGAUAAGCACUCAAGGUUGGAGGAGAGGAUUGAUCGAGCAAUCCAGCUGCAAAAUUUUCUGGAGCAGCGCUUGCAAGGGUUGAGAAACUUGCCUGGUGCUCACAAAAGACCACUGUCGAGGGCAGAGCGUCAGUUCAAAUCUGAGCUUGGCCACUACACAGGAGUUGAGUUGGAUGCUUUACACACAUCCAUUGAUGCUUUGGCCGCGAGGCUAAGAAGGUAUACACAAUCUCCAAAGGAUAACAUAUCAAAUCGACCAAGACAAAUAUCAGCUAAGAAGGAUUUUGGCCAUGAUACCCACAUCUCCCAGCUGAAAUCCUCGCUCGAGAAGCUUUCACUUGUCAAUAGUGAGAAUACACAAAAAGCAAAGCUCGUGGAGGCUGCAUUAAAAAACCGGGAAAGCAGAAGAUUCUGAAACCUACCGUUUCAGUGAUUGUUUACAGGGUGGAUUACCGGGUGAUUGAAGUACCCUUCUAGUGAGUAUGAAGAAGAAUCACGGGAGCCACUUCUAGUCUUUGGAGCUUCGGUGAUUUGCACUUUGCAUAGCAAUCACCUGGCGACUGAGUACCUAUUUAACUUUUAGCAAACCGCAGCCCCCGCCCCUGCCCCUGCCCCUGCCCCGUGGGCGCCCGUGAGCAGUUCGAGAGAUAGUUCUUGCAUGUUUUGAGAGGUAGAUGAUAUGAGUCUGUAUAGUAUAUCUUAUGGGUGAUAUUUUGACAUGCACUUCCUUGGGAGAACUAGAGGCUCUUCGUCUUUGUGCUACAAUUCCUUGGUCUUGACUGCCGAGUAAUGUUAAUCUCUUCCCAUUGCUAACAUGAAAGAAACACGAUUGGAUUGCAAAAUGAUGAUUUAUAUGAAACAUUACUUCUACUGAUUGCCGUUAAAACGUAA